ACCGCCUUAACUUUGCGCCAAAACCAACACAAGUCUUCUAAGAGAGGUAUGAUGAAGUGCAAUAAGUGAUUACUUAAAUUGACAGCAAUGAUCCUACUUUUGAUACAUUUCCUGCUCUUCCAUCUCUCUUAUGCAGCAAAUGACUGUUGGUGGAGCGGAUGUCAACCAAACACCCGGGCUAUAACUGGUUGUGGCCAGUACAAUAGGACUCAGCAAGACAUCAGAGGGUGUAAAGGUGGUUCAGAAUACUACUGUUGUACACUGGACACAACAACAACUCGCGCCCCUCAAACUGGUUGUUGGUGGACUGGUUGUCAACCCAACAACUGGAAAGUGACAGGUUGCGAACAAUAUAGUCUCGUGCAAUAUAAUAUCCAAGACUGUGACAAUGGUCACAAAUAUUUUUGCUGCCUUGAUAGUAACCAUCCAAAGCCGCCAUUGACGACCGAUCUUGAGUGUGUUUGGUCUCCAUGCCAACCAUCACACUGGACCAUCAGGGGUUGCCCUCCUUGGAUGCUGCAAAUUGGCUCCCAGUCUUGCGGAGAAGGACAGGGAGACAUUUUUCAGUGUUGUGAAAGCAAACAAAUACCCGAUGAUGAUGAUACAAACUUAAUUACAGGAGAAUCUUUCCAGAAUUUUGUUAAAUACUUAUUAAUCAAAGGUAAAGAUUUUGCAGUAGAACCAGACAGUUUACCGUGUAUAGCUAUUGAUGUAGAAAAGAAGUCCAUACUCAAAAUUAAAAAUGAAGGAAUUCGCACUUGUGACUUGUGCCCUUACUUUCCACAAAAAAGGUUUGUAAAUGUGUUCUUAUCAAAUGAGCCUUUGGACGUUGAAUCUAAUUUACUCUUUCCGGAAUGUUUCGGUUAUUGCUUUGACAGAGAUGACUGUGUGGCAUUUAGCUAUGACUAUUCCACUCGUACUUGCUAUAUGUUCAAUAAUACAAUUGGUGUUUUCACACAGAGCUCACAAUGGACAACCGUCUUUAUGACACAACCAAUGGGGGUUUUGGAAAACUGGUCUUAUUUUCGACAUACUUCCAUAACAGGAGAGGGUUUCAAACAAUCACGAGAACAAAACUUCAAAGAAUGUUUAAAAAAAUGUAACCACGAUGAUAAAUGUAAUUAUGUGUCGUAUUCUAUAAAGACUCUGGACUGUGUUAUGAUUACUUCUCAAGAUAAAAUACAAUAUAUAGACAUGCAAUAUGGAUUUAUCUCUGCUUUUAAAAUAACAUCUCUUCCACUUUCUAGGGAUGCUAGUUCUAGGUUCAUUGAAAUUGGAGAAGAAAUCUUUGGCCAAGACCAAACUUCCGAUAUAAAAAAGAACGAGUGCGCUUCAAUAAGAAAUGAAACUCAUUCAGCAUUUUAUUCUAAAUCAUGUUUCACAUAUCCAGGAGUUGGGUGUGAUUCAGUGACAGGGUGCAAAACCUGUUACUACCCUGAAAACACAAAUUAUUUUUAUAAUCUUAUUAUAUGUCCAGACAGUAAAUGGGUUGUAAAUGAAAAUAUCAAACAAUCUAUUCAAAGUGCUUUGAUGUCGUGUUUAAAAGACUCAUUCUGUAUUGCUCUUGGAUAUGACACAAUAACAAAAAACACAAAACAGUUAACUAUCGAGGACCUUCCGGGUAACAACUCCCCAACAACAUUUAUAAUGAGAUAUCCAAUAAUAUUUACAGAAAAUCAGAAGCUAAUAAUGAACCACGAUUUGUUGUCCAGCUACGAUAUUGAAAGGAUAUCAAAUGAUAAUAACUCUUUUCAUGAAAUAGGUGGAAAGUCUUUCAAAGAUUGUUUUAAUAUUUUUGAUUCAAGCAAUUCUUACAUAAGAAUGUCUUAUGCAAAUAAGAUGUGCAAAAUUUCAUCUAAAGAGGUUAAAUAUGUAAGGAAUGAUAGAUUUAUCACAGUUUUCAAAAAACCAGAUAUAACCUCACCCAUUAUUAACUAUGUAAGAACACCAGGCUUUUCGAUAGAAGAAAAUAAAGCUAAACAGAAUUUUGGCCCAUGCACAAACUGUGAAAUAGACUGUGCCAUUAAAUGCAACAGUGAAUUUAAGAGUUGGUGUUCACAUUUUAUGGUAAGGCACGAUCGCAAUAAAGCAGAAUGCUUCUUCUAUGACCUGUUUAGUGAUACAGCAGCAAAUAAUGUAAUUCUUCAGCAAAUGGAUAAUAAACAAAUAUUUACCAAAGUAAGUAACCUAGAUUUUGCCCUUGACUCUUUGAAUAAGCUUAACCCUUUCCAAAGUUCUGACAUUUUCAAUUGUUUCCAGCCUGAUUCUGACAAUAAGCAAACAGAAACAUCUUUAACUCGUUUUGAUAAAAACAAUGGUAACAGUGACAGUGCAGUUCAGCUUAGACAAAAGAGAGGGAUUGGAGAUUUCUUUAAAAGAAUAGGAAACGCUCUUAAAAAGGUUGGUGAGGUUUUUGUUGACACUGUUAAAGAUACAGCAAAAACUGUCGUUGAUACAGCUAAAGGAGUUGUAAAUACUGUAAAAAAUGUUGUUACAGGGGACUUUGGUCAAGAUAAGGAAUCGUUUGUUAACAUACCAAUUGUGAAAGAUGUAUCAAAUGCAGUAGAACUUGGUAAUGGAGUUGUUACAGGGGAUUGGGACAAAACAAGGGAGAAUGGUUCUGAACUCUUACAAGGUCAAGCUUUAGAUAUUGCAACAUCUUUGAUCCCGGUAGGUGGGAAAUUUAUUGGCAAAGGGUUAAAAGCUAUAGGAAAAGCAGUAAAAAUGAAACCAUUAGGUCCCAAAAAAGUAUCAAAACGUGAUGUAGAGAGAGUAAAUAAUAACAGCAGAAAAGUCCCUGAAAGUAAAAAAAAUGUUGAUAAAAAUAGGAGAAACUGUAAAAAGAGGCCCAAGAGAAUGGCAAAUAAAAGACCUAGACCUGGUAGUUGUGAUAGUGAUGAUGAUGAAGAUGAUGACGAAUAUAAUUUAUGUCCACCCGUUAGUAUACCUAAUAUUAUACAACGUACAUUAGUAUCAGGAUGUUCAAGUAGGAAAAAGGGUGCAACUUGUGACUUUGAGUGUGAACCUGGAUAUCAGGAACCAAAUAGCCAAGUGAAAUGUGUUGGUAGAGAGAAUCAGCGGCCAACAUGGAUACCAACACCAACCUGUGAUAGAAUUGACUGUGGUCCCAUUCCAUAUCCUCUCGUUUCAUUACAAACCCCUCAGGUUCAAAAGCUUGGUUCUACUGUUUUUGGACAAUAUGUAACAGUUUAUGUUGCACUUUUCAACUUAUUCCGCAAGCUUCCAGUAUGGACUGUAGCUCUUCAUCAGAGUACUCAGUAUAGAAGUAAAGAUUACGCAGCAAGUAAAGACGUAAAGAGAGCUCAGGGUUAUAAACCUUUCCCUUGCUCACAACUGGCAAGUUAUCAAGGAUCUCCGUCAGAUUACAGCGGAAAACCAUGGGAUCAAGGACAUUUAACCCCUGCCAAUAUUGCGAGGUGGUCUGAAAAAGCAAGACUUAGUUCAAAUCUAUAUAUAAAUCUUGCUCCACAAGAUCCAUUCACCAACAAAGGACCAUGGAAAAGAUUAGAAACUGAAGUUGAAUGUUUCAGCAGGAAACAUCGAAGUCUUGUUGCUACCGGAAUAUGUAACAAGAACAUUGGAAAAAUCAAUAAACUUGAAAUUCCUUCAUGCUAUUGGAAAAUGGUAUGCUACAAAGAUAAAAAAUUGAAUGUACAAGUUGUUGGUUUCAUGGCAAGUAACAAUCAUCCAGCAAACAAAACAGAAAAGAACCUAAGAAGAAAACAAGUCUAUACACCUUUAUCACAAUACGAGGUUCAAAGAGAACUUCAAGCAUUAAAUGUAAAUAUAAGAAGCCCGUGGAGACAUACAGCUACUACCAUUAAUGCUGGUCGUCCUAUUGCAGUUGGAAACGAUGCUUCGGUUUGGUUUCCGGUAAGCCCAUUAAUAUGUGAAAGAGCUGAUACUCUAUCAGAAGAAGAGAAAAAUUAUUGGAUUAAUCAGUUACCUGAGGUAACAGAUAAAAAAAAGAGUACUCGAGCAAUCAAACGUGGGUGUGGAGAAGAUGGUGAUGAAGACGAGGGAAGUGCGCUGGUUAAUGUCCAAAACUGCAAUAAACGUAUAAUUGGUUACUAUACAUCUUGGGGAAAGAAGAAAAUAAGUGGUAGAGAAUUAAGGAGAUUAACACAUGUAAUUUAUGCAUUUUUAGAAAUGAAAGAAGAUGGAACCAUAGAUGUAGGCUCAGCUGAUAGAAAAAAUGCACAAAAUAUUAAUGAUGAAGUAAAAAAUUCUAAAGAGCGUUUAGAAAAUCUAAUGGAGUUGGCAGCUCUGCAUUCUCAUGUCAAAAUUAUGUUUGCAGUAGGUGGUUGGGAGAAUUCUCAGUAUUUUAGUGCUGUAGCUGCUAGCCCACAAAAAAGAAUCACUUUUAUAGCCUCCAUAGUAAAAAUGAUCCAGCGAUAUGGAUUUGAUGGUGUUGAUAUUGACUGGGAAUAUCCAGUAACUGGAGGUGCCAAUGAGGGAAUUCCACAAGAUAAACAAAACUAUGUUAAUCUGAUUAAAGAAAUAAGAAGUGCUUUGGAUAACUUGGCCAGUGAGGUAAGAAGAGAAGAAAAGUUCUUGUUGUCUUUUGUAGGAGCUGCAGGGCAGUGGAUACUAGAUCCAGGAUUUGAUUUGCCAGGAUUGCUAAAGCAUGCUGAUUUUGCAAACAUAAUGAGCUAUGAUUAUUUUGGAGCCUGGGCAAGUAAGUGGGGAGCUUAUACAGGACCUCCAUCACCUUUGUAUUUUGGAAUGCCUCCAAGAUUUUCUGGUAAAACAAAUGUUGAUUGGACAGUAAAAUACUACACUUGUAAAACACAACUGCCGCAUAAGAUAAAUAUAGGUUUACCAUUCUAUGGAAGAUUUUGGAAAAAUGUUGGUCAACCAGUAGAUGGCAAGGAUGGAAUGUGGAGAACUGCAGAAAGAGUAAACGGUGUGUUUGAAGGGGGGUAUAAGGCAUGGCACGAAAUACCUGAGUUUUUAGAAACAGGGGGGUUUGAACAAAAUUUCCACGAGAAAAGUCGUACUCCAUAUGCUUGGAAUCCAGCAAAUAAAACAUUUUUAGGGUAUGAAAACAAAAAAUCUCUCGAGGCUAAAGUACAAUAUGCAGUGAAAAAGAACGUGGGUGGACUAAUGAUAUGGUCUGUUGAGCUUGAUGAUGAUGACCUCACAUUGUUAAAUACUGUCUAUCAAGCACGACUUUGUGACAAAACAGACCCAAAUGAAAUUAAUCAUAAAUGCUCUCCAAUAGAUGAAAAACGCUGGUGGACAUCAGAGGAUGGAGAUGACAUGGCUGGUCUUUGUGGCCGUUCUGCACCGUUGUAUAAGGGAUAUUACCCGGUCUGUGACCCAGACGACCCAGGCUACAGCUGUUGUGGACCCGCUGGGUACUGCGGAUCAGGAGAAAACUACUGUGACUGUCCAACUUGUAAAAACUAUGGAGAUAACCCACAAAAGAUUCUAGAGCAGCCUAUCAAACCAACUGUCCCUGUUACCUGGUAUUUUCUUAAUGCUGAAGAAGGAAAACGUGGCAGAUGUGGAAGAAAAGUAAACAAACUCAAAGAUGUAUUUCCAACGUGUAACCCAGAUGAUGAUAAUGCAUAUUGUUGCUCCAAUGGUGGAUAUUGUGGAAGUAAACCAGAACACUGCACUUGCAACGGUUGUAUUGACUUCAAGAAAAAUAAAAACUACCGUUAUGGACCUAAAAAGUAAUGUGAUCGGAGUGAUGGUGAAGACAAAGCAGAAAAAUGUGGCCCAAAAGUACCAAAGGUUGAUGGAAUCUACGAAGCAGAAUGUGAGCCAAAUACUAAGUUUAACUGUUGCAGUAACAAUGGAUACUGUGGCUCAGGGCCGGAGUAUUGCAAUUGUCCAGGGUGUAAAAAAUUUACUUAAAUAUCUGAUAAAAAUAACUAACAGAGUUUUAUUGAGUAAAUAAAUUAAUUUUUCUAACGUACCUUUAGAGAGGAAGUUGUUACCGUAAUGUUAUUCAUAUUCAUAUUCAAACAUCUUUAUUCGUCAUAAAUCAUGUACAUUGGUGGUACAGUGAAUAGUGUCAGAAUACUUAAAACAAAAGUACUAUUUCUAUUUAUGGGAGGAAAAUUCAUCAAAAGAAUAUAAUGCUAGAUUUAUUAUAUGCUCUAUUAAAAUUUUCUUGAAUUUAGAUAGGUUCGUUUAUUUUUUUAUGAAUUCACGGACAAUUUUUAGAAAAUCGGUACCAGCAUAAGAGGGUUUUUUCAAAAAAAUUUAAUUUGUGAGACUGGACAAACUCUCUUCUCCUCCUAAAAUUAUAAGAAUGCACUGAAUUUAUUACUUGUUCGGAUUCAUUUUUUUGCGAUAACAAUUGUUUCAUAAAUAUAUUGCCCAUAAACUGUAAAAAUUUGUAAUUUCUUAAAAUGUUCUUUUGCCGAAUCAUCUUGUUUAAGCUUAAGCAUAAUUCUGAUAGGUAACCUCUUUUUGUCGCUUCAGAAUGAUAUCCAUAUUUAAUAUUUUUGUUGACCCAUAUAAUGCUAAACCCAAUGAAAUAUGGGAGUGAAUGUGAGCAAAAUACAUAUAUACUUUUUAGGGGUUUCAAAUUACAAUAAAAGGACAUUUUUAAUAAUGCGAACAUUCCAGAGUUAGUUUUGGUUAAAACUUUCUGUGUGUGUUUAUCCCAAUUCAACUUUUCAGCUAUUGUUAAUCCCAGAAAGUUGAUUUGAUUUUCCUUUUGAAUGUUAUUUGAGUUGUAAGUUAUUGUUGGCUCUUUUGUAAUUUUGUUCUGUACUGGAUGAAAUUUAUAAAUUUAGUUUUUGUGAAUUUAAUAAUAAGUUAUGAUUGUAGAACUAGUUUCCAAUAUUCUGUAAUUCUACAUAUGUAAAAACUUCAGUUUAUUCUGGAGAGUUAGAUAAUACAAUCAAAUUAGAAUCAUCAACGUAAAGACAUCAUUUAGAAUUUUUCUUGUAGGUCAAAGUAUCUUCCAUGCCCUUAACGUAACACAAAAAAAGCAAAGGCCCCAAAAUUGAACCUUGUGGCACCCCAAAUUUAAUUGGUUGAUAAGUUGAUGAUGAUUUGAUAAUUCUAUUAUGAUUUGUCAAAUGGGUAAUUUCCACGAAUUGAGAUCUAUUUGUCAAAUAGAAAGAAACCCAAUUAAGGGCUCUUUUUUAUAUUCCAAUUAUUUUUAAAUUUGUUUAGUAAUUUACUAUGUUUUACACUAUCAAACACUUUAGAAAGGUCCAUAAAUAUGCCAAUUGUAUAAUGUCCUUUGUCUACUGAUUCAAUGACUGAUUCGAUAAAAGAAACAGCUGAGCUCACAACUGAUCUUCCAUUCCGGAAUCCAUGCUGAUUAUCAUCCAAAAUAUUAAAUUUUUCAAAAAACUCUGAUAAUUGUAAGUAGACAGCUUUUUUAUACACUUUAGAAAUUGAAGGAAGAACAGACAUUGGGCGAUAAUUGGAUAUAUUUUAAGGGUCAUUUUUUUGUGUAAAGGAAUUAUUUUUGACCGCUUUAAUAUGUUAGGAAAAAUGCCUAAAACAAACGAAGAAUUGAUCAGAUGACAUACAAUUUUGCUGAUGUAGGUUUUUGCAGCCAUUAUUAUUGUUACAGGAAUUUCGUCAUGCCCACUGGAGUGUUUAUUUUUUAAAGAUUGAAUGAUUUUUUCCACCUCUCUUUCAGAGAUCGGUUUCAGCUCAAAUUUUGUCUUAAACAUGUCAUCGAUAAAAUCAGCUUUCACAUCAGCCGUCACGUUCUGAUUGUUACAAUUUAAAUUUAAAUCUAAAUCUGUAACCAUGUUGCUAAAAUAACACUUAAACAUAUUAUGUG